AUGGAGGCGUUGACCAAGAACGUUGCGAACAUGACGACAAUAUUGUCCGCCAAGACUUCCGUGUCUUACGAGGCUGUGGAGGACACCAUAAGCCUGAUCGAGGAGUAUAGGAUAAUGUACGCUGGAAGAUCGGAGCAAGACAUCACAGCACCUGACCAGGACCAAACUACGGCAUAUACCGAAAUCAAGCAGACGAAAUGGAGACUUAUUAGAAGGUCGAUGCAAUUCAAUUGGAGCUGGACUCUCACAGUUGUCACUCACUUAAACUAG